UUGGAAGCGAGCUGCUGCGGCUCCAGGGACUGUCGUGAACACUUUGCCGAUCGCCGUUUGGAAUAUGCCUCGGUUUGCAGUUUGCGCAACCACACUGCCGACCUUCCAAACUUAAUAUAGAUAACUAUCAAGCUGCCACAGCCCUGCCAAGCUAGCGGCGAGGCCGUCAAGGGACAUUCUCAAUCGGAAACGGUGUUAGGCGCCUGGCCUGUCGACGGUUGUGACCGGAAGCAACCGCUCGCUGUUCAAGAGCCACAGUAGUCGCUCCCAGCAGGCGACUCGAGUAUAACUGCACAACUUUGAACUUCUUGCUGGAAAGUGGAGCCAGCUACCGUACACCGGCCGCCGUCGCUGCACGGACACUCCAGCCCGGCACAUAGCCCAGGCCCGCUGCCAUGGGCUCCUCCCAUUCCUGCAUGGUGGGCGCCGCCUCUCCCGCAGCCCAGCUCAGUCGUUCGCUCCAGGCCGGCGACGAGCACUCGCUGCUGCUUCAGCUGGCGGAGAAGCCCGCACUGCUGAGCAAGCCUACGUGCGGAGGAGGCAGCGGCGGUCUGGGUGGCUCGCUAGCCGCACAGCUGCUUCCCUGGACCGCUGCGCACCACGGCCUCACGCCACUGCACCUGGCGUGCGAAAACAAGCAAAUCAAGGCCGUGGAGCAGAUGCUGUCGUUUCUGGACAGCUCGCCGCUUGAGGUGGUGCGGGCGGCGCUGGCGCCCUACUGCCGCCGUGCGGGCCUGCCGCUUCCGGACAGCCCGGCGGAGGGCGUGCGGCUGGCGGCGGGCAUGGCCAACUGCAAGGGCCAGACGCCGCUUAUGUACGCGUGCUACGCGGGCUGCCCCGAGCUGGUUCGGCUGCUGCUGGAGCGGGGGGCAGACCCCUGGGCCGGAGACCGCUGCGGCCAGCGCACCGCACUGCACUACGCAGCGAUGUCGGGCAGCGCUGGCUGCAUUGCCGCGCUCAUGGCGCACACCCCUCCGCACAUGCUGAACCGGCCACUCCCGCGACCGGGCAGCACCGGCGCCUCAGCUGGAUGCCGCUACGUGGAUGCGCGCAGCCUAUGCGGCCUGACGCCGCUUCACUACGCGGCUUACUUUGCCUGCGACCCUCCGACCACAACCAUCGGCGCUAACAGCCGCCCUGGCUCGGUCUCUGGCUCGGCCCCUGUCUCCACCACCGUCACCGCCGACGCGCUGGCGGCUCUGCGGGAGCUGCUCCGGCACGAACCCUCGCUGAACGCCGUGUCUACCAGCGAGAGCUAUGACAUGGUGCUGACUUGCGCCGCCGCCUCCACGCCCCUGCACAUGGCGGCGGUGCGGGGCAACCUGGGCGCCGCGCGGGACAUCCUGCACCACUACGCCCUGCGCUCCGCCAGCACCACGGGGCACUGGGUGGCUGACCCCCGCACGCGCGCGGACGCCGCCCGCCAAUUCCCCUGGCAGGUGGCCUCUGCGUACCACCCGUCAAAGCCCAAGCUGUCGGCGCUGCUGCACCCCGGCCGCUCCGUAGAGGCAGCCCUGCUUUGGCUGACAGAGGUGGAGGAGGAGGCCGCGGCGGAGCGCAGCCGCGCGGCGCGGGAGGCGGCGCAGGAGCAGCACAUAGGAGGCCGGCGCUCAAUUCGGCGACAGAGGGAGCUGCAGGAGGAGCAGCACGCGACCGUCAUGCAACAAGUCAGUCGCAGCACUGCCGCAGCUGCAGCGGCGGCACGGCCCUCCGCGGCAGCAUCGGGAGGCGCCGAGGACAGCAGCGUGCACGGCCGUGUUUAUGCGCCGCUGGUGCUGGGUGGUGUGGGCGGCAUCGGGCCGGCCCCUCUGGCGGCCAUUGCGGCGGCUGCGCUGCGGUCACGGCUGUUGCACGACCUGCACCGACUGGAGAGCGAGGAGCCGCUGCAGACGAACCUGCCGCACCAGGUGCAAGUGGAGGAGGCGGUGGCAGCAGCGGAAGACGCCGAGGAGGAGGACGAGGACGCCCUGUGCGGCGUGUGCUUCGCGGAGCCCAAGCAGGUGGCGCCGACCAGCUGCGGCCACGGCCUGUGCCGCGGCUGUGCGGCGGCGCUGAGCCGCGGCCUGGCGGCGGCCAGUGGCAAGGACGGCCGCAAGCCGGUGCUGUGCCCCUUCUGUCGCCGCGGUGUCGCCGGAUUCACAGCCUAUGCUGCACCGACGGCAGCAGCCGCACCGAACGAACGGUCUGUCCGAGCCCUAGUGGCACAAUCAAGCCGUGUGACCUAGCCUGAGGUGUUGCAGUGGCUGGCUGCAGCGCCCUUCCGUCGCAAGGGCGUUGCAACAUAUGCAAGUGUCUGCAGCGAUUACAGCGAUUGAGACAGACGCACGCCGGUGCGUGAUGUAUGGAUGGCAACAAGCAAGCUGCUGUGUCCGUGUGCGUGCCAUCCCCCUGCUAUUGUGUCAGGCAUGCAGAGGCUGGAUGCACGAACAAUCUAUGUACCCUCCUUGAACAGGAUGUACGGUGUGAAGUAAGAGCAUGCCGCUCAUUAAACUGAUAUGUUUUGCCAGCAUCACUGCUGAGCAGUGAUUAUACCUGUACUGGCUAACAUCAAUGAAAAUGAUUUCUGGGUAUUGUUUCUUGAUACAGCUGCCUGAUGUACAUGGGAUGGAUGGCAGUUUAUGUUGUGUACUUGGAAUCUGGGUUACACGCCUUCUGGGUUAUACGCCUACACGAAUAAUGCCUUACCGAGGGCGGCCUAAUGCACAUAUCAUGCGCCUAGGCCACAUAUACUGUUGUGAACUUGUGAUGGCGAAGAUUCGUUAUCUUGGCCUGGCAUUUCCUAUGCUACGUUAAGUAGGGUCGCCCUACCUUAAGUUCGCCAUGCGUGGACCCGACGGGUAUACCCUGCACUUGCGUACUUGUCAGUUCCCCCAAGCAAUGCCCCGACGGCCAAGCACCUUUAGUUCAAUGCAAUGCGUUCCCAACGACGGCGGUAGUUUCCGACCUUUACAAACACGCAUGUUUAUGUAGGGUCAUGUAGUACGGUACUUGGCGUUUGCAUGCUGCCUUCGUGCCUUGCACGUUCGGUGUGUUAAGAGCUGGCUGGCUUGCACAGAUGCACUUAUUGUCCCAUGGCGCCUGUGUUGUAUCGCCGGCGGGAACGAGGCGUUGUGUACCUGCUUACUACGUGCUUGGAAGGCGAAGGACGUAUGGCGCCGCCUGUGUGACUUCAAUGCCUCAUUGCUGGCAAUCAAACAAAGUUGGGGCAAUCAAGCGGUGUGGACGUUUUGGGCUGAGCCCCCCAUAGCGUGACACGAUUUGUGGUGCCCUGCCUGGGCCCAGCAGUUGUGGCGUGCAUGUGCGUAGCAGAGGGGGCGAGCAAGGCCACGUGGAGGAGCACAGCGCGGCGCCGCCAAAGAUGCUAUUUGGUUGUUGCCUGCUGUGCUUAUGCUUGACAGCGGGCACAUAGCGGGCAGUGCCGGUACGAACCGACCCCGGGAGCGAGAUGGGGUAGACGCUUGCGGCCUCAGACUGGAGACGUGGUGUUGGCAGUUGGCUCAGCCCACUUUCCCUUUACGCGGGAAGCCACCUUUCUUGUCGCACUAUGUAACAGUAUGCUUUUCUUCAUCUAAUCCCCAAUGUGUGACCGUGCGCAAUAAUGAAGUCACCAGCAGCGAGUUGGAGUUGUGGAGCUGUGGGUACCGGCAUGCGUGCGUGUCUACUUGCCGCGCUUUGCGCACACGUCCAUGCCAUGUAAUAAUGUAUAUCA